UACCUCUCUGUCUGUGUGUGAGAGAGAGCGCCCAUUAGCAACCUCUGUGUGUGAGUGAGCUGAGCGAGAGUGCAAGAGAUGGAAGCAACGGCAGUGAGCUUGGCGAGGUCCGUGCUGGACGGGGUCCUGAGCAGCGCAGGGUCUGCCGUCGCAGAUGAGGUGGCGCGUCUCCUGGGCGUGCCCAAGGAGGUGGAGUUCAUCCGCAACGAGCUGGAGAUGAUGCAGUCCUUCCUCAGGGUGGCCUCGGCGCGCCCCGAUACCGCCGUGCGCAACGACACCGUGCGGACUUGGGUGAAGCAGGUGCGCGACCUUGCCAACGACGUAGAGGACUGCCUCCUCGACUUCGUGCUCUACUCCGCCACAGCCUCCUCCUCAUGCUCACCACAGGUCUGGUCGUGGCUCCCGGGGCCCCUUGCUGCGCGCCACCGCAUCGCCACCAAGAUCCGGGACCUCAAGGCCAGCGUCGAGGAGCUGAACCAGCGCAACCAGCGGUACCACAUCGUCAUGGACAACUACCCCCCACCACGUGGCAUCGAAGAUGUCCAGCAGCCAUCCGGCAGCAUACUACUACUCCCCGGCCACGACGUGCUGUCGGCCGCGGAGCUCGCGUUCCAGGAGCUGGACAUGAUCGGCCGGAUCAAGGAGAAGGCCGAGCUUCGUGACCUCAUCUCCCUCAGCAACGGUGCUGCGCUGUCCGUGGUGUCGGUGUGGGGAAUGGGAGGCAUGGGCAAGUCGUCCCUGGUCAGCAUCGUGCGCAACGACCCGGUGCUCCUCGACGAGUUCGACUGCGGUGCGUGGGUGACCGUGCCACACCCGCUUGACAGCGCCGACGAGUUCAGGCGGCGACUCAGGAAACACCUCGGGCUCGAAGUGGCACACGACGUCCGGGAGCACCUCAAGGACAAGAGGUAUGUCAUCGUGGUCGAUGACCUGCUCUCCCAAGAGGAGUGGGGACACGUGUGGCAAGUCCUCAAUUUCCACAACGGCAAGGGAAGCCGCGUCAUCGUCACGACGCGGCGUGAGGACGUCGCCCGGCACUGCGCCGGGAACGUGGGAGAAGGGCGUGGCCAUGUCUACGAGCUCAAGCCACUUCAGGAUAAGGAAUCCAAGGAUCUCCUGUUUCAGAAGGUCUAUAAAACAACUGAGUAUACUUUAUCCAAGGAAAUGGCAGAGCAAGCGAGUCAUAUCUUAAAGAGAUGUCGGGGGCUUCCGCUUGCCAUAUCCACAAUAGGUGGUCUCCUAGCCAACAGGCCCAAGACAAGCAUGGAAUGGAUGAAGUUGCAUGAACACCUUGGAGCAGAGCUUGAGUCAGAUCUCCGCAACAUCACUAGAGUGAUUGUCUCAAGUUAUGAUGGCUUGCCGUAUCACUUAAAAUCAAUCUUCCUAUACCUCAGUAUAUUCCCUGAGAACCAUGAGAUCAGAUGCACCCGUCUAUUGAGACGGUGGAUGGCAGAGGGUUAUAUAGCAAAGAACCGUGAUAUGCCCGUGGAAGAAGUAGGAGAGCGUUUUUACAAUGAGCUCAUCAACCGAAGUAUGAUCCAGCCUUCAAAGAAGAACAUUAUCCCUGGCGUGAGAGUUAAUCGCUGCCGAAUUCAUAGCAUGGUUCUACAGAUCAUCCUGUCCAAGGCCGUUGAGGAAAACCAGCUCUUCAUCAUCGAGAAGCAAUGCGAUGAGGUUCCACAUAGUAAGAUACGCCACCUGGUAGUAUCCAGAUGGAAGAGGAGGAAGGAUAAACUAGAAAACAUAAACUUGUCUUAUAUUCGAUCAUUGACGGUCUUUGGAGAAUGCCCUGUUUCUCUCAUCUCUCCUAAAAUGCGGCUUCUGCGAGUGCUGGACCUAGAAGAUACAAUCAAUGUGAAAAAUGAAGACCUUCGGCACAUAGGGGAGCUGCAUCACCUAAGGUAUCUUUCUUUGAGAGGAACAGAGAUUUCAAAGCUUCCAUCUUCUUUGAAAAACCUUCGGUACCUAGAGACGCUAGAUAUCCAAGAUACACAGGUGACAGAACUCCCUCACGGAAUUGUCAAACUUGAGAAGCUACGUUAUCUUCUUGCUGGCGUUGACUUCUCAAAAGAUCUAUUGCAAAAGGUGGUGCAGUCAAAGGUGGAUAACCGGAAGACCAACCUGUUGGGAAAGAUGGCAAACUUUCUUUGCUGCAACCGCAGGGAUUAUUGCAAGAUUUCCAACAUUGAUCAACUCAGUGUAAGGGCUCCCGAAGGAAUCGAGAAGCUAAGAAACUUGCAUAUGUUAGUUGCGUUCAAUGUUGGACAUGGCAAUGGUGUGGCAGCGAGGAUCAAGAAGCUGACGAACCUGCAAAAGCUAGGUGUUACAGCCACAGGUCUCACAGAGGAAGAAGGACAUGAGCUGUGCAGGUCAAUAGAGAAGCUCGAUCGAUUGGAACGGCUUGAGGUGCGUGCUGAUUCUCUUCAGUUCCUUGCCAAGAUGAAUGAAUCAGCAACACCAAAGCAUCUAGCUUCACUCAGGCUAUUAGGAGGUCUAUUCUUUUUGCCUAAAUGGAUCACUUUACUCAAUGAUCUGGUCAAAGUGAAGCUGCUAGGGACAAAGCUGGAGCAGGGGCAAGUUAAUAUCCUUGGGAACUUGCACAAUGUGGCUUUGCUUGGCUUGUGGGAGAACUCCUACAUAGGGGACUCUUUGCGAUUCAGUAGUGGUAAAUUCCCAAAGCUGAAGUUCCUUGACAUGGAUGGUCUUGAGAAGAUUGAAACUGUGACGAUUGAGGAAGGGGCCAUGCCUGAGCUUGAGCAACUUUGGGUAAACAACUGCAAAGCACUGCACGACAGUGAUGAUGGCUUGUCUGGAGUGCCACAUCUUCCAAACUUGAAUGAGCUUCUUCUGAAGAAAUGUGGUGAGAAGGAGAAACUGAUGAAGAAACUGCAAGAGCAGGUCAGUGAUCAUAUCAAGCGCCCUAAGUUCCUCAUUGGCAAGUCCAUUGUACCGACUAGCUCAAAGCCUAGCAUGAGCGUGGUGGACGAGCAAUGAGGAUCAAAGGCUUCCCCUGCCCUAAAAAAGGCUUUUCAUAAAUUAUUUAUGGUAUUUUGUCAUUUUGUGUAUAAUGUUUAGUGUAUAUAUAAGUUAUCUGUCUGUUUCGUUUCACCUUGGGACAGAACUCCAAUAACUACAAAUAGCAGUCCAGUAAACUUCAGAAAGUGAAGUGAAAAAACUUAUAGGUGGUUUCUGUGUUUGAGAUUUCUACCAUAUGGUAGUUCUAACCAAUGUUACUAUGACCAUGUUGGCAUUCCUUUUUGUCGAAUCAAAAUUUUGUUUGUCUC